UCACUCGCCGCUCAGAACUGUCAGCGAUUUCAUUUCCUUCUCAAACUUUCUCGUCUCUCAUCAUCUCUUGCCGUUCACAGAUCUGACUCUUCCUCCUCUCCCCUCCCCACUCGGUUUUCUAGCCUAGCCUCGUGUUCUGUGGUCUAAUAUGGUGGCAUCAACCUCCCCCAUCACGAUGAAGGAGGUCCUCACGCUUCCUAGCGUUGGGAUCAGUCAGCAGUUCAUCACGUUUUCAAAUGUUACUAUGGAGUCUGACAAGUAUAUAUGUGUACGAGAGACGGCUCCAGAAAACAGUGUUGUAAUUAUUGAUAUGAAUAUGCCGAUGCAGCCUCUGAGGAGGCCUAUCACUGCAGAUUCUGCCCUUAUGAACCCAAACUCUAGGAUCCUUGCCUUAAAAGCUCAAGUUACAGGAACUACUCAGGAUCAUCUACAGAUAUUUAACAUCGAAGUAAAAGCAAAGCUGAAAUCACAUCAGAUGCCUGAGCAGGUUGUGUUUUGGAAGUGGAUUACACCCAAGAAGUUGGGUCUGGUCACACAAAAUUCCGUGUACCAUUGGUCUAUUAAAGGUGAUUCGGAGCCAGUUAAGAUGUUUGAUAUAACGGCCAAUUUGGCAAACAGUCAAAUUAUUAACUACAAGUGCUCUCCUAAUGAGAAGUGGUUGGUUUUAAUUGGAAUUGCUCCUGGCCCUCCCGAGAGAGCACAAUUAGUCAAAGGAAAUAUGCAGCUUUUUUCUGUGGAUCAGCAGCGGAGCCAGGCCCUUGAAGCACACGCUGCCUCAUUUGCUCAGUUUAAAGUCCCUGGAAACGAAAAUCCUUCUUUCCUUAUUUCCUUUGCAAGCAAGAGCUUUAAUGCUGGGAAGAUAACAUCAAAGUUGCACGUCAUUGAGCUAGGAAAACCAUCGUUUACAAAAAAACAGGCGGAUCUCUUUUUUCCCCCAGAUUUUGCUGAUGAUUUCCCUGUUGCCAUGCAGGUCUCUCACAAAUUUAGCUUGAUAUAUGUCAUCACCAAGCUUGGGUUGUUGUUUGUAUACGAUCUAGAAACUGCGUCUGCUGUCUACAGAAAUCGAAUAAGUCCAGACCCAAUUUUCUUGACUUCUGAAGCCUCUUCAGUUGGGGGUUUCUAUGCCAUUAAUAGGCGAGGACAAGUUCUUUUGGCCACAGUGAACGAGGCUACUAUAAUACCGUUUAUCACUGGUCAAUUGAAUAAUUUGGAGCUUGCUGUCAAUCUUGCUAAAAGAGGAAACCUCCCUGGUGCAGAAGAGCUGGUUGUCGAGCGGUUCAAAGAGCUGUUUGCUCGAACGAAGUACAAGGAGGCUGCUGAGCUUGCUGCUGAAUCUCCUCAGGCAUUUCUAAGGACACCUGAUACAGUGUCCAAAUUCCAGAGUGUUCCUGUACAAGCUGGGCAAACUCCUCCAUUGUUACAGUAUUUUGGGACUCUUUUAACUAAAGGAAAGCUCAAUUCAUAUGAGUCAUUGGAACUAUCUCGGCUUGUUGUGAAUCAAAACAAGAAGAGCCUCCUGAAAAACUGGUUAGAAGAGGAUAAAUUAGAAUGCAGUGAGGAACUGGGAGACCUUGUCAAGACUGUGGAUAAUGACCUUUCUCUGGAAAUAUAUAUCAAAGCCCGGGCAACUCCAAAAGUUGUAGCAGCUUUUGCAGAAAGAAGGGAGUUUGACAGUAUACUGAUUUACUCAGAGCAGGCUGGGUACACACCUGAUUACCUGUUUUUUCUUCAAACCAUUCUCCGCACAGACCCUCAGGGAGCAUUAAAAUUUGCAUCAAUAAUGUCUCAAAUGAAAGGAGGUUGUCCACUUGACUUCAACACCAUCACUGACCUUUUUCUUCAGAGAAAUCUGAUCCGAGAAGCUACUGAAUUCCUUUUGGAUGUGCUUAAACCAAAUUUACCUGAGCAUGCAUUUCUGCAAACUAAGGUCUUGGAGAUCAAUUUGGCAACCUUUCCUAAUGUGGCUGAUACAGUUUUAGCAACUGGGAUGUUCAGCCACUAUGACCGGCCUCGUGUUGCUCAACUUUGUGAAAAGGCUGGACUUUAUAUCCAAUCCUUAAAGCAUUACUCAGAGUUACCUGAUAUAAAACGUGUAAUUGUGAACACACAUGCGAUUGAGCCACAGGCUCUUGUUGAGUUUUUCGGUACUCUUUCUAGCGAUUGGGCUAUUGAGUGCAUGAAGGAUCUUUUGGUGGUCAACCCUAGAGGCAACCUGAAGAUAGUAGUUCAGGCUUGCAAGGAGUACUGUGAACAACUUGGUGUUGAUGCAUGUAUUAAGCUCUUUGAGCAGUUUAAAUCAUACGAAGGCCUUUACUUUUUCCUGCGUUCAUAUUUGAGUAUAAGUGAGGAUCCUGAGAUUCAAUUUAAGUACAUUGAAGCAGCUGCUAAGACUGGUCAAAUAAAGGAGGUUGAGCGUGUGACGAGAGAGUCUAACUUCUAUGAUGCUGAAAAGACGAAGAACUUUUUGAUGGAAGCUAAGCUUCCUGAUGCCCGACCUUUGAUAAAUGUCUGCGACCGUUUCGGCUUUGUACCUGAUCUAACUCAUUACCUCUACACAAACAACAUGCUUCGUUACAUUGAAGGUUACGUUCAAAAGGUGAACCCUGGGUAUGCUCCCUUAGUUGUAGGACAGUUGCUUGAUGAUGAAUGCCCUGAAGAUUUUAUCAAAGGCCUCAUUCUCUCUGUUCGUUCAUUGCUACCUGUUGAACCCCUUGUGGAAGAAUGCGAAAAGAGAAAUCGACUCCGCCUCCUCACUCAGUUCUUGGAGCAUCUAGUUAGCGAGGGAAGCCAAGAUGUUCAUGUUCAUAAUGCCUUGGGUAAAGUUAUCAUCGACAGUAACAACAACCCCGAGCAUUUCUUGACCACCAAUCCGUACUAUGACUCUCGGGUUGUGGGUAAGUACUGCGAUAAACGUGAUCCUACCCUGGCUGUUGUGGCAUACAGAAGAGGACAAUGUGAUGAGGAACUCGUCAAUGUCACCAACAGAAAUUCUUUGUUCAAGUUACAAGCCAGGUAUUCAAUCAUUGCUUAUGAAAACUCUUUCGUAUUUCAGAGUGGUUUGCUGAUACACGAAUUUUUCAACUGUAGGUAUGUAGUGGAGAGGAUGGAUGGUGAUCUCUGGGACAAUGUUCUUGAUGAAAACAAUGAUUAUAGAAGACAACUUAUUGACCAAGUUGUGUCUACUGCUUUACCCGAAAGCAAGAGCCCAGAGCAAGUAGCCACUGCUGUUAAAGCAUUCAUGACCGCUGAUUUGCCGCACGAGCUUAUUGAGCUUCUGGAAAAAAUAGUGCUUCAAAACUCGGAAUUCAGUGGAAGCUUAAAUCUGCAAAAUCUGCUUAUAUUAACAGCUAUUAAGGCAGAUCCAUCUAGAAUUAUUGAUUACAUUAAUAGGCUGGACAAUUUCGAUGGACCUGCUGUUGGAGAAGUGGCAGUUGAAGCCCAACUGUAUGAGGAAGCAUUUGCUAUUUUCAAGAAGUUUAACUCAAAUGUUCAGGCUAUCAACGUAUUGCUGGAUAACGUCAAAAGCAUUGAGCGUGCUCUUGAGUUUGCUUUGCGGGUCGAAGAAGAUUCUGUUUGGAGCCAAGUUGCAAAGGCUCAACUCAGGGAAGGACUAGUCAGUGAUGCAAUUGAAUCCUUUAUCCGUGCUGAGGAUGCCACGUAUUUCUUGGAGAUCAUACGUUCUACUGAAGAUGCUAAGGUCUAUGAUGACUUGGUCAGAUACCUUCUGAUGGUUAGACAGAAGGUGAAGGAGCCAAAGGUUGAUAGUGAGCUCAUCUAUGCAUAUGCAAAGAUUGAUAUGUUAGGUGAGAUUGAAGAAUUCAUUCUGAUGCCAAACCUUGGUAACCUACCAAAUGUUGGUGAUCGCCUGUAUGACGAAGCUCUGUAUGAGGCUGCAAAAAUAAUCUAUGCGUUCAUAUCAAACUGGGGCAAGUUAGCUGUCACGCUUGUUAAGUUGCAACAGUUCCAAGGUGCUGUUGAUGCUGCAAGGAAAGCAAACAGUGCUAAGACAUGGAAGGAAGUCUGCUUUGCUUGUGUUGAUGGAGAGGAAUUCCGGUUGGCGCAGAUUUGUGGCCUUAACGUUAUCAUUCAGGUGGAUGGCCUGGAAGAAGUCAGCGAGUUCUACCAGAACAGAGGGUGCUUCAAUGAAGUAAUCUCACUUAUGGAGAGUGGACUGGGGCUGGAGCGUCCUCACAUGGGUAUCUUCACUGAGUUGGGUGUACUCUACGCUAGAUAUCGUUAUGAGAAACUUAUGGAACACAUCAAGUUAUUCUCCACUCGCCUCAAUAUCCCCAAACUUAUACGGGCCUGUGAUGAACAACAGCACUGGCAGGAACUCACUCAUCUCUAUAUUCAAUGUGAUGAGUUUGACAAUGCUGCGACCACUGUGAUGAACCAUUCUCCUGAAGGGUGGGAGCACAUGCAAUUCAAAGACAUUGUUGCCAAGGUUGCAAAUGUCCAGCUGUACUACAAGGCUGUGCACUUCUACUUACAGGAGCAUCCUGAUCUAAUCAACGAUCUUCUUAACCUGCUUGCUUUGCGGUUAGAUCACACACGUGUUGUUGAUAUUAUGCGGAAGGCUGGUCAGUUGCGUCUUGUCAAGCCAUACAUGGUUGCAGUUCAGAGAAACAAUGUCUCUGCGGUUAAUGAAGCUCUGAAUGAGAUAUACGUGGAAGAAGAGGACUAUGACAGGUUGCGCGAGUCUAUUGAUUUACAUGACAGUUUUGACCAGAUAGGCCUCGCUCAGAAGAUCGAGAAACACGAGCUUGUUGAAAUGAGACGUGUGGCUGCGUAUAUCUAUAAGAAAGCGGGUCGAUGGAAGCAAUCAAUUGCUUUGUCAAAGAAAGAUAACAUGUACAAAGACUGUAUGGAAACUGCUUCACAAUCCGGCGAACAUGACCUUGCAGAACAACUGUUGGUUUACUUCAUUGAACAGGGCAAAAAGGAAUGCUUUGCGACAUGUCUCUUUGUAUGUUAUGAUUUAAUCCGACCAGACGUUGCUCUAGAACUUGCGUGGAUCCACAACAUGCUCGACUUUGCCUUCCCGUAUCUCCUACAGUUUAUCCGAGAGUACUCGGGCAAAGUGGAUGAGCUAAUCAAGGACAAGCUGGAGGCACAAAAAGAGGUGAAGGCCAAAGAGCAGGAAAAUCAGGAUGUCAUGUCCCAACAGAACAUGUACGCCCGGUUAUUGCCACUUGCUUUACCCGCACCGUCACUUUCUUUACCCGCACCGCCACUUGCUUUACCCGCACCGUCACUUUCUUUACCCGCACCGCCACUUGCUUUACUCGCACCGCCACUUACUUUACCCGCACCGCCACUUGCUUUACCCGCACCGCCGAUGCGAGGAAUGCCUCCGAUGGGUGGCUACUAAGACGACACAGACCACUUGUGUUUGUAUUAGAAAGUUAUCACAAAUCCUUAGGCUGAGUUAUUGAAAGGUGUAGUAGAGAUAUCAUCCUUUUAGUCUAUAAUUUUGUGUGACAUUUUACUCAUGAGUUUGUUGUUGUUUCUCUUAUCCACAUAUAUUUAGUAUAAACACACACACAAAUUAUUAAAGGAAGCCUUGUGCUUCUUUACGAUUUAUUUCAAACUUUUAUUCACA